UGAUAAAGAGAGAUAACUUUCUAAGAGAAAACUCUUAAAACUUCACUCUUUCAUCAAUGGCUUACUCUAAGAUUGCUCUUCUCCUUGUUUUGAAUGUCAUCUUCUUCACUUUGGUCAGCUCUACAUCGGCCCCUUGUCCACCACCACCGUCCAAAAUCCCCAACAAGAAACCCCCACCGUCGUCUCCUUACAGCAAACCCACUUGUAAAGAUGCUCUUAAACUCAAGGUAUGUGCCAACGUGUUGAAUUUGGUUAAGGUUUCUCUACCGCAAAAGGCCGAAUGUUGCGCUCUUAUCAAAGGUCUAGUUAAUCUCGAUGCCGGGGUCUGUCUCUGCACCGCUUUGAAGGCUAAUGUCCUUGGCAUUAUUAAUCUUCGUGUUCCUAUUUCACUGAGUGUUCUCUUUAACCAGUGUGGUACGAAGGUUCCAUCUGGUUUCCAAUGUGCUUAGAGAUAGCACGUUUUUAAACCGAUUUUCUAAAUUAUCACUAAAACUACGUUUCUUGUUUCAAAAUUUCGUGUAAUG